AUGUCUCCAGCACCAGAGGACGAUCAAUCGAACCGACAGACGAGAUAUUUCGAGCUUCCAGCGAACGGCGAGCACAUCGCCCCACCAACGAAUGAGCUUCCGCAGUACCAAGCGCUGGCGGAAUUAGAAGCGACAACAACUGGUCGCGACGAUGGGCGAAUCGAUAUUGAUCUUAGUUCGAGAAUAGCUCGGCGAUUGUCAAGACUGGUUCCCACUGAAAAGCCUCCAUUUUCUUAUGAACAGCGUCCGAGCGCACCGCCUGAGUACACUGAGACAAGCGAGAGAAGCAUUCGUCUCAAUAUCGUCAUUCAGGUUGUUGGAAGUCGAGGAGAUGUUCAGCCUUUUGUCGCGUUGGGAACAGAAUUACAGCGCCAUGGUCAUCGAGUGCGACUUGCGACACAUGGCCAAUUCGACAAAUUCGUGAGAGAAUCUGGUCUUGAGUUUUACUCCAUUGGUGGUGAUCCCGCUGAACUGAUGGCUUAUAUGGUCAAGAACCCUGGUCUAUUCCCCAGCAUGAAGACAUUACGCGGUGGUGAAAUCCAGAGGAAGCGCAAGAUGGUUGACGAAAUGCUACACAAGUGCUGGAGCUCUUGUAUCGAGGCCGACGAACUCACAGGACGACCCUUCGUGGCAGAUGCAAUCAUCGCGAAUCCACCUAGCUUUGCACAUAUUCAUUGUGCUCAAGCGCUCGGUGUUCCGUUACAUCUCAUGUUUACAAUGCCGUGGACGAGUACUCGCGAGUUUUGUCACCCGCUUGCGAAUCUAAAAGCGAAUGGAAGUGAUAUGUCGGCAAGCGCUGCGAAUUACGUGUCUUAUUCUUUGGUUGAGUGGAUGACUUGGCAAGGACUCGGCGAUAUCAUCAACGCAUGGAGAGGUACCAUAGAUCUGGAGCCGAUUCCGUUCAGCGAGGGCCCGUGUUUGACGGAGACUUUGGGUGUACCAGUCACAUACUGCUGGUCUCCGGCUUUGGUGCCCAAGCCUGCUGACUGGCCUGAGAAUAUUGACGUUUGUGGCUUCUUCUUUCGUGAUUCGCCAAAAUAUCAACCAGAGCCAGCAUUAGAGAAGUUCUUGGCAAGCGGUCCUCCUCCUGUAUACAUCGGCUUUGGCAGUAUCGUAAUCGACGACCCCGAGAAGUUGACAGCGACAAUUCUGGACGCUGUUCGCGCGACAGGAACAAGGGCAAUCGUUUCCCGAGGCUGGAGUAAGCUUGGAGGUGACUCCCCAGGAGAUGAUCAAGUCUUCUUCCUGGGCGACUGCCCCCACGAAUGGUUGUUCCAACAUGUAACAGCAGUAGUCCAUCACGGAGGUGCUGGUACGACGGCUUGCGGGUUGCUUAACGCGAAGCCGACUACAAUUGUGCCUUUCUUCGGAGAUCAACCGUUUUGGGGAAACAUGGUCCACGCUGGCGGUGCAGGCCCAGCUCCCAUUCCCUUCAAGAGCCUUAACAGCAACAACCUAGUAGAAGCCAUACGAGUCUGCCUGACACCCGAAGCUUCUGCCGCUGCCCGCCAAAUUGCUGAUAAGAUGUCAAGCGAAGCAGGAGUUCGACGAGCGGUAGCGUCUUUUCAUGCGAACUUGCCUCUUAAUGAUAUGCGAUGUGAUUUACUGCCCAAUUUCCCUGCAGUAUGGAUAUAUGAGAAGAAGGGCAAGAAGAUGAGACUGUCCAAGAUGGCUGCUGAGAUCUUGGUCGAGGCUGACAAGAUAUCAUGGAAUAACCUAAAGUCUUACCAAUCUCAGCCCGUCCACAUCGAGAACCGACGGUGGGAUCCUCUCACAGCAACCCUUUCGACACUUGCUACAACCGGAGUUGGUAUGGUUACCUCAGCCUCCGACAUUGUAGUCAAACCCAUCCAGGCAUUGCGACCAGCGACUCCAAGCGGCAGCAGAUCAUCUAGUCGAGAACGCGGCAGCCGAACGGGAGAUAACUCAAAACGCCCAUCGGAGGAGGAUGUCUUCGGAAGGCCAGCUGGCAUCAAUCUGCCUGCAACACCAAAGAACACCAAAGACAAAGACCCUCAACAUGGUGCAUUGGCAGCCGUGAAGGGCUCAGCUUCCGGUGUUGGCGGCUUCUUCAAACACUACUCCAAAGGCAUGCUUCUCGACCUCCCCUACGCCGUCACAGAAGGAAUGCGGAACGCACCAAAACUCUACGGCGGCAAAGCCUACGAUCCGGGUGCCGUCACAGAUUGGAAGUCCGGUGGCAUCGCAGCUGGAAAGAACUUUGCGCAUGGUAUGGUUGAAGGUAUAGGUGGUAUUGUCAUGGAGCCUGUGCGAGGAGCGAGGAAAGAAGGCGCAGCGGGUGCUGCCAAGGGCGUUGGUAUUGGGUUGUUAAAUCUGGGAACCAAGGUUUCUUCUGGUGCGCUAGGAUUGGUGGCGUUGCCGGGGCAGGGGGCGUACCUGAGUGCGAGGGCGCUGAUGAAGAGGAAGACGGGGAAGAGUAUCAUGGAGUCCAGGAAGAUUGAGGGGAGGCAUGUUGUUGAGAGGAGUGAUGAUGCCGAACGCCAAACGAACAGAACGACGGUGAUGGAGGGAUUCGAGUCACUGAUGAGAGAGACGAAGAAAUAG